UCCAGUUUGAAUACUCACUACUGCAUUUUAUUCGUCACUUUUCCUUUCUCAUGAUAACACCCACAGCGAUGUCAAUGAAGAAUCCAGUUCGAUUAGGAUUGAUGAUGUUUAUGGUGUGUGUGGUGUCGCAGGUUGUUCACGGUGAACAGAAAAUCAGAUGCAUUCCAGAGGAGAGGGAAGCACUGCUUCAAUUCAAGGCUGCCAUUGUUGAUGACUUCGGCAUGCUCUCCUCGUGGACCACUCCUCACUGCUGCCAAUGGGAGGGGAUUCGCUGCAGCAACCUCACCUCCCAUAUUAUAGGCCUCCACCUUCCCGGUGGGUUUCCUGACGAAUAUGUCUAUGAUGAAGUCUCUUAUAAAUAUAUGAGCGGAGAGAUCCACAAGUCGUUGAUGGAGUUGCCACAAUUACAAUAUUUGAACCUCAGUUUCAAUUAUUUUCGAUAUCAAAGAAUCCCAGAGUUUCUUGGUUCUCUCAAAAACUUGAAAUACCUUGAUCUCUCUUCAUGUUAUUUUGGCGGAGAAAUUCCAAGUCAGUUUGGCUCUCUUUCUCAUUUGAAAUACUUAAAUCUUGCUAGUAAUUCUCUGAACGGUUCAAUCCCUCAUCAGCUUGGAAAUCUCUCCCAGUUGCAGCAUCUUGAUCUUGGGUACAAUUUUCUUGAAGGAAAUAUACCAUCUUAUCUUGGAAAUCUCUCCCGGUUACAGUAUCUUGAUCUCAACUGCAAUAAUUUUGAAGGAAAUAUAGCAUCUCAACUUGGAAAUCUCUCCCAAUUGCAUGAGCUCUAUCUUGGAGGAUAUGGGAUUAACUUAGCCCAUGAAGCGUUCCUGGAGACAUGCCUAUUUCAAGUUCUUGAACAAAUUAGCAGACAAUAUUUAUGUCAAAGUAGCAGUCUUCCGUUAAUACUAAGGUGGAUAAGGUAA